AUGAGUCUGAGUUCACUCAGUGCCCAUAGGCUUAAUAACACGCGUAAAGCUGAAAUCGAUGUAAUAUUUUUUAAUCGGUGCGCUAAAGUUGGUAGUGAAUCUCUAUUAGAAUUAUUUAAUAAACUAGAAGAUUUCAAUAAUUUGAAUAUUGAACGAGAAGGUUUAAGAAGACCAACUAAGAGACAAUUAGAACCUAGAGAAGAACGUGAAUUAGCGAAAACAGUUUCUGGUUUGGAAGAUGGAUCUGUAUACAUUGAACAUGUAAACUGGUUGGACUUUGAAGACCUUGAUAUGCCAAAACCAAUAUAUAUAAAUUUAGUACGUGAUCCUGUGGAACGUGUUAUAUCUUGGUUUUAUUAUGCACGAGGAGCAUAUAAAAAUGCUAUUGAAUACAAAAAAGAUCCAGAGAAACCAACUCGUUCCGCUGCGUGGUAUAAAAAAGACUUUAAUUUCUGUGUACGCAGCGGUGAUCCGGAAUGCCAAUAUGUACCGUACACUGUCAUUGAUGCAACUGGCAACUUUAAACGACAAAGUUUAUUUUUCUGUGGACAUAGUCAGGAUUGUUUGCCAUUUAACUCACCAGCAGCAAUACAAAUGGCUAAAGAGCAUGUGGAACGCGAUUAUGCUGUAGUGGGUUCGUGGGAGGAUACGAACAUAACUUUGACAGUUUUUGAGAAAUAUAUUCCACGCUUCUUUCAAGGUGUAAAAAUUGUAUUUGAAAUGCAUAAUGAAAAGAUUACAAAUCGUAAUAAAAACAAACGAAAACCAAAAAUUGACGAAGAUGUUAAGGAAAUGAUACGCAAAAAUUUCACACACGAAUAUGACUUCUAUUAUUUUUGUAAACAACGUUUGUAUAAACAGUAUUUAGCUAUUAGUCUUAAGGAUCUAAACUUAUAA